AUGAGGAACAGCUGCAGCAGUAUCAGCAGCAGCUGGAUCAGCAGCAGCAACAUCAGCAGCAGCAGCAGCAGCAACAACAUCAGCACCAGCAGCAACAAAAACAACAUCAGCAGCAGCAGCAACAUCAGCAACAUCAGCAGCAGCAGCAGCAGCAGCAGCAACCACAACAACAAAAACAUCAUCAUCAUCAUCAUCAUCAUCAUCAGCAGCAGCAGCAGCAGCAGCAGCAGCAGCAGCAGUGAGGUGCAACAGCAGCAGCAACAGCAGCAGCAACAGCGGGAUCAGCAGCAGCAGCAGCAGCAGCAGCAGCAACAGGACCAGCAGCAGUAUGAGGAACAGCAGGAUCAGCAGCAGCAACAGCAGGAUCAGCAGCAGCAGCAACAUCACCACCAUCAGCAGCAGCAGCAGCAGCAGCAACAACAACAAAAACAUCAGCAGCAGCAGCAGCAGCAGCAACAACAUCUAAACCCUAAACCCUAA